AUGCUGACGCAAAUUACCACAGGGAGGAUGCCUCGGGACUCUAAGGUCACCUUGAUUCUCUUGCUGUGGUGCUCUAGCAUUCUCUCAACAACGCUCGGAUACGAUGCGUCAGUGAUGAACGGGCUCAACAUCCUACCCUCGUACACUGACUACUUCCGUCUGAACACAUCCACUCUUGCGCUUCAAUCGGCCAUUUCAUGGGCCGGCUGCGCAGUUGCCGGUCUGUUCUAUGGAAAACUAACAGACUGGUUGGGCAGGAAAUGGGCUAUGUGGAUCAGCGCAGCCAUCACACUCGUCGGUGUGAUACUACAGGCUGCAGCGCAGAAUAUUGCCAUGUUCGUGGUCGCGCGCUUUGUGGUCGGGUUGGGCAAUGGCGCAACGUACCUGUGUGGCCCCAUCUAUCUGGCAGAGACUCUUCCGCUGAAGUGGAGAGCUAUUGGCUUAGGCAUCUUCAUGGACUUCUUCUAUGUCGGAGGCCUUCUGGCUGCUGGGAUCACAUACGGAACGGCCAAGAUGGAAUCCACAUGGGCAUGGCGGCUGCCCUCUGCACUACAGAGCUUUUUUACAAUUCUGUCUGUCAUCGCGUUGCCAUUCAUUCCGGAGACCCCUCGAUGGCUGGUCUAUCGUGGUCGCCAUGCCGAGGCCCUGGACGCCAUUGCAGUAACCCACGCUCACGGCAACCGAGAGGACCCUAUGGUUUUGGUGAUAUAUAAGGAGAUCAUCGAUACCCUGGCACAAGAGGCUGAGAGUGGAAGGCGGACCAGCUAUCGGGAACUCGUUAAGUCCAAGUCGAGUCUGAGAAGAUUGAUGCUCUGUGCAUCGGUUGCCGUCAUUACAAUGGUCUCCGGCAACAACAUCAUCUCUUUCUACCUUGGAACAAUGUUAAGCAAUGCUGGAAUUACCGACAGCACUACACAACUGGAGAUUAACAUCAUCUUGAACGCUUGGUGUUUGGUGGUGGCAUUGAUCGGGACCUCCCUUUUGGAUGGUGUUGGACGCAAGCCGGUGGCCAUCUACUCGACAGUGGCGAUGACCGUGUUCAUCUUCAUGGUCGGAGGUCUGACCAAAGCAUAUGGAAGCAGCGACAAUCACUCGGGUAUCUAUGGCACUGUAGCCGCAAUCUUUUUGUUCCAAGGAGCCUACAGUUUUGCCUGGACACCGCUUGCCAUGCUUUAUCCGCCUGAAAUUCUGAACUUUUGUUGUAGAUCUGUGGGUAUGGGGAUCUAUACCUUCCUUACGAAUGGAUUUGGAUUGAUGGUGACAAUGGCUUUCCCUUACGCCCUGGAGGCAAUUACUUGGAAGACGUACAUGAUCAACGGGGCCUGGGACGUCCUUCAGGUGAUUUUUGUGGUGUUGUUUUGGGUCGAAACCAAAGGAAAGACUUUGGAAGAAAUGGAUGAGAUUUUUGAGGGUGCAAGCAGGUCCACCACUUUACACGUCCAAGAUGUCUUGGACGGCAUGGAGCCUGGUCUUGCUCUGGACGGAGUGGAGGUUAUAACAGUGGGAGUCUCGGAUGCAAAGACAUCGACCACCAAGCAGGAUUCAUCCGUGGCCUGA